AGACUGGUUUUAGAAGGGUUUCCAGAAGUGAUGGCAGGGGAUGGGCAGGGCAGCUAAAUAUAGUCCUGGGGCCAGGGCUCGUGGGAGGGUCUGUCUACUACUCACUGUGUGCCCAUCACCCGUGGUGUCCCUUGUCCUGGCUCUGAGCUUGCUGCUUGCCUUUCGUCUGUCUUCAGAUACAGUUCUGACCACCCCCUGCGGUUUGGCUUGACCUUGACUGGGCCUUUGGGGAGUCUCUUUUUGCCCAGCGUCUCCAACCAGACCUGUCUGCCAUGUCAGCUGCACCCGGCCUCCUGCACCAGGAGCUGUCCUGUCCGCUGUGCCUGCAGCUGUUCGAUGCGCCGGUGACGGCUGAGUGCGGCCACAGCUUCUGCCGCGCCUGCCUGGGCCGCGUGGCAGGGGAGCCAGCCGCGGACGGCACGGUGCUCUGCCCUAGCUGCCAGGCACCCACGCGGCCGCAGGCGCUCAGCACCAACCAGCAGCUGGCGCGCCUGGUGGAGGGGCUGGCGCAGGUGCCACAGGGCCACUGCGAGGAGCACCUAGACCCGCUCAGCAUCUACUGCGAGCAGGACCGCGUGCUUGUGUGCGGCGUCUGCGCCUCGCUGGGUUCGCACCGCGGCCACCGCCUGCUGCCCGCCGCCGAAGCCCAUGCGCGCCUUAAGACGCAGCUCCCGCAGCAGAAGCUGCAGCUGCAGGAGGCGUGUAUGCGGAAGGAGAAGAGCGUGGGUGUGCUGGAGCAACAACUGGUGGAAGUGGAGGAGACAGUGCGUCAGUUCCGGGGGGCAGUGGGGGAGCAGCUGGGCAAGAUGCGGUUGUUCCUGGCUGCGCUGGAGGGCUCUUUGGACCGAGAAGCAGAGCGUGUGCGGGGUGAGGCGGGGGUCGCCUUGCGGAGGGAGCUGGGGAGCCUGAAGUCUUACUUGGAGCAGCUGCGGCAGAUGGAGAAGGUGCUGGAGGAGGUGGCAGACAAGCCACAGACCGAGUUCCUCAUGAAAUACUGCCUGGUGACCAGCAGGCUGCAGAAGAUCCUGGCAGAGUCGCCCCCACCUGCCCGUCUGGACAUUCAGCUGCCUGUCAUCUCAGACGACUUCAAAUUCCAGGUGUGGAGGAAGAUGUUCCGGGCCCUGAUGCCAGCGAUGCAGGAGCUGACCUUUGACCCCAGCACGGCCCACCCGAGCCUGGUGCUGUCGGCCUCCGGCCGCCGAGUGGAGUGCUCGGAGCAGAAGGCGCCGCCGGCUGGAGAGGACCCGCGCCAGUUCGACAAGGCGGUGGCGGUGGUGACGCACCAGCUGCUGUCGGAAGGCGAGCACUACUGGGAGGUGGAGGUGGGCGACAAGCCGCGCUGGGCGCUGGGCGUGAUCGGGGCCCAGGCCGGUCGCCGCGGCCGGCUGCAUGCCGUGCCCUCGCAGGGCCUCUGGCUGCUCGGGCUGCGCGAGGGCAAGAUCCUGGAGGCUCACGUCGAGGCCAAGGAGCCGCGCGCCCUGCGCACCCCGGAGAGGCGGCCGUCGCGCAUCGGGAUCUACCUGAGCUUCGCGGACGGCGUCCUCUCGUUCUACGACGCCAGCGACGCCGAUGCUCUGGAGCUGCUCUUCGCCUUCCACGAACGCCUGCCGGGCCCCGUGUACCCCUUCUUCGACGUGUGCUGGCACGACAAGGGCAAGAACGCUCAGCCGCUCCUGCUGGUGGGGCCCGACAGCGGCGGGGAGGCCUGAGCUGCCCGCUGGGGUUUGGGGAGGGGUGCAGGGUCCUGCUGGUCUGGAAGGAGACAGGUGGGGUGGGGUUGUGGGGCGCGGGGAGUGAAGGCAGGGCCAAGGGGGUUGGGGACAGGGGACUCCCAGCGUGCUGAGAAGUUGGGGGUUGGCACAAUAGGGGACUGCCUGCCAGGGGUUGGGGAGGUGGUGGGAAGGGAGACCUCAAGUUAGGUCCAGGGGGAAACUCCACUUUGGGAACCAGGAGUCUUGAGGGUUCUGGGAGGAAACAGGUUGAGGGAGGGAGGGGAAAGGGGGCUUGGGGAGGAGCCCCUGCAGCCUCACACUGCCCUCCUGCCUCAGGGGCCUCAGGGCAGGGUCCAGAGCAAAAGGCCUUCCACUUGGUGGUUCCCCACCUUGAGCAUGCAUCAAAACCACCUUUUCAGGAGUUCCCACUGUGGCUCAGCGGUAAUGAACCUGACUACUUUCCAAGAGCACAUGGGUUUGAUCCCUGGUCUCACUCUGUGGGUUAAGGAUCCAGUGUUGCUGUGAGCUGUGGUGUAGGUUGCAGAUGCGGCUCAGAUCUGGCAUUGCUGUGGCUCUGGAGUAGGCCGGCAGCUGUAGCUCCGAUUUGACCCCUAGUCUGGGAACCUCCAUAUGCUGUGGGUGCAGCCCUAAAAAGACAAAAAGCAAAAACAAAACAAACCACCUUUUCAUGAGUUUCCACUGAGACUCAGAGAGUCAGUAUCCAUGAGGAUGUGGGUUUAAUCCCUGGCCUCGCUCAGUGGGUCAAGGAUCCAGCAUUGCCACAAGCCGAGGCUCAGAUCCUGUGUUGCUAUGGCUGUGGCCUAGGCGGGCAGUUGCAGCUCCGAUUUGACCCCUAGUCUGGGAAGUUCCAUAUGCCACCGGUGCGGCCCAAAAAAGAAAGAAAGAAACAACCCCCCCCACUUUUUUAGGGAGUUCCCUAGUGGCUCAGCUGAUUAAGGAUCCAGCAUUGUCAUUGCUGUGGUGUGAGGAUUCGAUCCCUGUCCUGAGAACUUCUGUGUGCCCAAAAUAACAAUGAAAUGCCUUUUCAGAGCACCUAGCAGAGUCUUGUUAAAGCACAAAUUUCUGGAGUUCCCAUUGUGGCUCAGUGGUUAAUGAACCUGACUAGGAACCAUGGGGUUACAGGUUCGAUCCCUGGCCUCGCUCAGGGGGUUAAGGAUCUGGCGUUGCCAUGAGCUGUGGUGUAGGUCACAGACACGGCUUGGAUCCUAUGUUGCUAUGGCUGUGGUGUAGGCUGGUGGCUACAGCUCCGAUUGGACCCCUAGCCUGGGAACCUCCACAUGCUUCGGGUGCGGCCCUAGAAAAGACAAAAAAAAAAAAAAAAACCCAUAGAUUUCUGGGUUUCUGGUUUGGUAGGUGGGGGGCAGGCCAAAAAUGGGCCUUUCUAACAAAUUUCCGGGUGAUGCUGAUGCUGCAGGUCACAAGCAGGAUCCCACCUGAAGCACUGCUAACUUAGCCAUCCUCAUUCAGCCAGCUGUCUGUUACAGGGAUUCAAUUAUCACAUGGCAUAGAAAGCCCUCAAUGUCUUCCUCCACACAAGAGAGCAUUUAAACUGCUUAUGCUGGGUGAAUAAACUCACCCCCAACAUACUGUG